AUGAGAACAGCCCACGACAAGGGCACACCCACCAUGACGGAAGGCUUCACCCGACUGGAGAAGGCCGAGGGCGUCUGGGUCUACAGGCAGGUUGACGAAAAGACAAAGGUCACCUUCCAGGAGACCUUUGCGAACCUCGACUCGGCCUCCCUUGUAGGUCAGUUUGCCCUCGGCCGGUUUCCAGGGAUGCCUGGAUGGGCAACGGGAACCGAUAUAGUCAUCGACAGGCCAUGGCACCAGACCACGGCCCCCCACAUCACCGUCUACAUGCGGUACAUCAAGCAAGAUGCCCACGCCGCUGUACAUGUCGCCACAGCGCAUAUCUAUGUGGACGGGUGGGAGGCCGUGGACUGGUUAGAUAAGAGGGAGCGCUAUGGCAAGAUGAACGGCACGACUACAUGGGCACUUUUUCCCGUAAAAGUUGGGCACAUGCCCCACCCUCGAUACACAAGGUGCCAAGCUUGCUAG